CUGAAGUCAUAUGUCUUAGUACUGUACUUGGUAGAGGAUAGUGUCUGUUGUACAGAGGAUUAAUAAUGUUCAGAAAACGGUACGAACACUUCUUCAUGAAAGGACUCGCUUCCGCUUAAUUGGGACAUCUUGUCGCCACUGUCUGGAAGCAGCAGAACAGCGUGCUUCAACUUUUAACUUAAUUUAUUGUGACGGAAAAAAGAUUUGGACACAAGUGACUACUUCGCGGAAUAUUUCGUCAUUUUCUAAACUAUUACGGCUAUUUACACCAAAGGAAGUUGUUAGUCGUGUUGAAAUGGCAGAGCACAUGACUAUGGGAGAGGAGUAAAAGUUUUCUCCCGGGACAAGAACACCUGACACCCCCUACCUCAGCGCUCCCAGCCGCCGGCAUGACCCUCGGCGCGGUCUCCGAAUCUGAGAGCUCGUCGGCGGUCAGCUUCUGCUCAUGCUGCGGGGCUAAAAUGGUGCCAUACUUCAGCGACGAAGCAGUGGUGUCAAACAAUCAGAUCAACCAGCUCAUCAGUGAGAAUUUUCUCACUGUUAAAGGUGCCGCCCUGUUCCUUCCCCGGGGAAACAGCCCCACGCCUAACUCUGCACCGCACAUCAGCCAGCGCAGGAACAAGCACACAGGUGACCUCCAGAAACAUCUUCAGACCAUGUUCACUGUACUGCGGCCGGAGGACAACAUCCGACUGGCUGUGCGUCUGGAGAGCGCCUUCCCUCAGGUGACCCGCUACAUGGUGGUGGUCUCCACCAAUGGCAAACAGGACACGGAGGAGAGCAUCGUGCUCGGCAUGGACUUUCUCUCCUCUGAUAGCUGCUGCACGGUGGGUCUGGUUCUACCUCUGUGGAGCGACACUCUGAUCCACUUGGACGGAGACGGUGGUUUCAGCGUGUCGUCGGUGAACAGGGUUCAUGUUUUCAAGCCAGUUUCUGUCCAGGCCAUGUGGUCCGCCCUCCAGUCGCUCCACAAAGCGAGCGAUGUGGCCCGCUGCCACAACCACUACCCAGGCAGCCUGUUCCUGACCUGGGUCAGCUACUACCAGAGCCGGGUGUCCUCCAACCAGACCUGCAUCAACGAGUGGAACGCCAUGCAGGACGUCGAGUCGCACCGUGCCAAUUCGCCCGUUCUCUUCACAGACCUGCCCACAGAGAGGGAGCGCACAGAGAGGCUGAUCAAGACCCGCCUCCGAGAGAUCAUGAUGCAGAAAGACCUGGAGAACGUCACCUGUAAGGAGAUCCGAACAGAGCUGGAGAUGCUGAUGGUGUGUAACCUGAGGGAGUUUAAGGAGUACAUAGACAACGAGAUGAUCCUCAUCCUGGGACAGAUGGACAGCCCCACUGAAAUCUUUGAACAUGUCUAUCUGGGCUCUGAGUGGAAUGCCUCUAACCUGGAGGAGCUGCAGAACAGCGGCGUGCUCUACAUCCUGAACGUGACCAGGGAAAUAGACAACUUCUUCCCCGGGGUGUUUGAGUACCAUAACAUCAGAGUGUACGACGAAGAGGCCACCAAUCUGCUGGAGUACUGGAACGAGACCUACAAGUUCAUCGCCAAAGCAAAGAAAGCUGGGGCUAAGUGUCUGGUUCACUGUAAGAUGGGUGUGAGUCGCUCCGCCUCCACAGUGAUCGCCUACGCCAUGAAGGAGUACGGCUGGGAUCUGGACACCGCCUUCGAGUUUGUGAAAGAGAAACGGGCCGUCACCAAACCCAACCCUUCCUUCAUGAAACAGCUGGAGGAGUAUCAGGGAAUUCUGUUGGCCAGCAAGCAAAGGCAUAAUAAGCUAUGGCGCUCCCACUCUGAAAGUGACCUAUCAGAACGCCCCGAGCCGAUGUGUAAGCCUUCGUCUCUGGGCCGCUCUGACUCUCACAACAACAACACUUCCUCCCCCUCCUUGCAUCACUUCCUGGGCGCGGCCGUGCUGCAGGCGCUCGGUGCCGAAUCCGAAGACUCUGCCAAAUCCAACACCACACACACCUCUGACUCACACUCCGACUCCAACGGUGUGUGUGAGUCGCCGGGUCAGGAGGACGAGGGAUCGGAUUGCGAAAACUCCCUCCUGCUCCCCCUCCCCAGACCCCGAGCAGCCGUCGUGGUCCCGGAGGAAAGACUGGCCAACUCAGCGAGCGUGGCGGUCACUGUGCCCGCCGCUCUGCCCCACCCCCCCCCAUCGCUCCACAUUGUACCUCCCACACCUGAACUCCAGCGGGCUCCUCCCACUCAUCUGUCCAUUUCUGUGCCCAGAACACAGAAAGCGGGGGAUCUGACCCUGAGUCUGCCGGAGCGCAGCAGCUCAGAGGAAUUCUCUCCUCUCACUCUGGGAUCAGCUGACUCAGACACAAUAGACUCCUCAGAUUUAACCAGCGACAAACACAGCCCCCUCAGCCCUGCUAACCUCACACACCGCCUCCCAUUGGCUGCCAGCGAUGACAACAACAACCCCAGCGAGUUGCAGAUAGGCAGCGCCUCGGACGGCCGCGACGAGGCCGACGGGUCGUCCAAUCACAGCGCAGACAGCAUCGACUUCUUCAGCGCCAGGGAGAAGUUCCUGGGCCUGGCCCAAGAUGGCAGAUCCAGGACACUUUCCGAGCAGGCACAACUAAGGACACCCCCGUCACUGGAAGAAGACGGAGAGACUGAGGCGAAGGAGGAGGAAGAGGAGCAGGGAUACGGGACUAGUCAGGCAUCUCCACAGUCUGAAGAGAGCCCUGACCCAGCUCAUCCCCCUCACCAUGACAACGGAGUGUCAGUCCGCCAUAUUGUCACAGGGAUAGAAGCCAUAAGCCAUCCUUCAGCUUCCCUUCCGACCCCCUCUUCCUCUUGCUCCUCCUCUUCUCAUUCGUCGCUCCCUCCCUCCUCCCACAGCCCUCAGCAUCAGAUAGAGGCGGAGACUUUGUCUGAACUCACCCAAGGCUCUCUGACUCCCCCCUCUCACCCGCAGUCUCCCUCCAUGCUGCCGUGUGAUUGGCCGGCGGGCUCGGUGCGGCGGGCCACCAAGCAGCUGGAGCAGAAGCUGAGGCAGGAGAUGGAGGUGACGGCAACUCAGCGAUCUCCCCUUCACUCCCCCAGCGCCGAGCACCCCCCUGUCAGACUGUCAGCGUGUCCCCUAAGCACCGAACACACUCCACCCCGCCUCCCUCAGGACCUCACAGAACAAACUCAGGGAGAAAAGCCCAAAGACGGAGAAGGGUCGGACACAGAGCUCAACUCCUCAGACGACCUUUCACCUCCUUAUAUCAGACAUGUUUCUGGUGCUACACCCAUCACCGUGCUCACAUCCAUAGACAGCCAAAUGCUCACAUCAUCCCCCCCCACAUGUCAAUCAUCUCUGGAGACCUCAGCUCUGCCCCAAAGACUUCACAGCCAAAGCCAGCAGCCUCAGGCCUGCUCAGACCAGAUGACUGUGGACGGGGUGACGGUGCACGAGUCGGACGUAGACGAGACUCUGGGGUCCGGUUCCAGUGGGAGGGGAGGGUGCGGCCCCGACUGCGACGCCGAGAGCAGGCUGGCUCGAGGCAGCCAGGAGCUGGAGAGGAUCCAGCAGACCCUCCGGGAGCUGCAGGCGUUCCUCCACGACGGCCUGGAGACCCCACACAGCCAGGAGCAGGAAGUGGAGCAGCCCCAGGAGAAGAGAGACAUCAUGGAGACAGAGCCGGGACUUUCUAAAAGGGGGAGGGGCCUCCGAGAGAAACAAGAGGGGAAGAGCUUCCUGGAGCCCAUGUUGUGGCACAGGGCCAUGGAGCUGGAGGCUCGUAUCCGCCAGGCGGGCCUCACCCCCCCCUCCCUCAUGAAGAGGUCGGCGUCUUUAGCUAAACUAGACUGUCUGGAGCUGUCGACCAAUGACCUCAGCGACCUUGACCUCAGGCCACACUCCAGGUCCAUAUCAGCCCACUCCCAGGACCCUUUCUUCAUGUCUACAUCUCAACCCGACGACUCCUGGAAGAAGCAGAAAGUGUUGAACGGUUUUAAAAAGACGGGUUUGUCCCACAGCGGGGACGAGUCGUGCUCCUCGCCAUCCCUCUGCUUCCCCUCCACGCCGCAGAGAUGUCCAAAGGAGGACACGGAGGAGAGGGAGGAGCCGGACGGGACGGUCGCUCCGAACCGCCAGCAGGGGAGGGGACACUCCUCGAGACGUCGCAAAGGCUCCGCUGAGAAAAAGCAUCGAGCCAUCACUGUGCUAUACAAUACCAUGUGACCUCAGUGCAAUGGACUGGAUGAGAAAGGCUGCAUGAUGAGUAUGAAUGUGUAGCAGAUUAACUGGAGACCCUGUGUAUCCUCCGAUGUAUGUUUUAGGAACCGAAUGACGAGCAUAUGUUUGCAUGUAAACCACUGGAUGUGAUGUUUUAACUGGACUUCAGGUUUUAAUGUACAGUAAUGAAAUAUGAAUGUCCAAACUCCUUUUAUGUCUAACGUCCUAUUUUUUAAGAAGUGUUAGUUUUCAGUGUUUAACCCUCGCUGCCUGUUCAGAGUUUAUAAAACUAUAAGAGGGCUUUUUUUUGUUUUCUCCAAACAUGCACUUUACUGUUUUAAUGAUUUUAUUUUUAUUUGAAAUCUCUUCCUUACCCCCGGGAGGAUUCUUUUUGCACUGAUCUCAAUCGACUUUGUUUUUAUUUUCAUAGUGGACGGACGUGUCUUUAUUCAGAUUUUUCAUUGAACCAGGACAAAGCUGAUAUCUUGUUUUUUUUAUUGAAUUAUUUAGCAGGAAAUAAAUAUUUUGAGUUUGUUUUGA